UAAUAAACAGGUAUUUGUUGCAGAAAAAUGAUUUUAAACACAGCCUUUGGCUGUAAAAUUUGACUGUGGCUAGCAAGAAGGAUCACCGUCAACUUUGGGAAUGAUGCGGAAUUGGGAGCCCUUAGGUGUGAUAUACUAACGCCUUUGUCCCUUUGUGUAGUUUAAUAUGCAUUGCUAGGUUGUGCAUUCUACUGCAGACCUAGGGAAUAGAGCUGCUUUAUAUUAGACUGCUAGGGGACGGGCUAUUUUUCCCGAUGUGUCUGAGUUCAUGAGUUCUAAGGUCUGAUACAGUCAGCCUUCCCUACCACACAGGCCUGUACACUUUUUAUUUGAACACUUCCUGCCCUGAGAUGAGCUGCGGGAAACAGCGGUGGAAGAUGGGUUGUAUGAGUUGUGCUGAGAUGGCCUUGUCACUGGAUGCCAGCUUUGAUGAGCAGGGACUUGGGAGAUUCAGCAACUGAACCAGAAAAGGAGACGUGGAACUCUGGUUGGAAAGAAGCUGCUUCUGAUCUACAUUCGGUGCUGGCAAGGCUCUUAUAAAGGGAGCAUUAUUUUUGUUCAGUUUCUGUUUCCUGGUGUAUCGCCUGCCUGUGAGUUGUAGCAGCAGCCACUGUUUCUUUCCAGGCUUAGAAAGAGCAGGUGAGUGCUGUACAUGACUACACCCCCAACCCUUGGUCAUUUCUUAGCCUUUUCAUUCAACAGAAUUUGAAUCUAUAAUUCUGUUGAGCCUCCAGCCCUUUACCAAUUGUUUUUUUUUAUUUUUCACAUAUUACCUAAAUUCUCCAUAUAUUAAACAUCAAUGUUCAAUCAAAUGGAGAAAUAAAAUUCAAAGAUAAAUCAACAAUUAGUUAACUUUAUGAUUAAUCAUAUUCUUAGAGAUAUGUUUUGUUAUUUUAUGUGUGGGCAUUAGGCCUGCAUGUAUGUCUUCAUACUACAUGCAUGCGUGGUGCCACAGGCCAGAAGAGAGAGUCUGAUCCCUUGGGAUUGGAGUUAUAGAUGGUUCUGAGCCACCGUAUGAGUGCUGGAAAUCAAACCCUGGUCCUCUGGAAGAUCAGCCAGUGCUUUUUAACCAUUAGGCCAUUGCUCCAAUCCCAGAUUAAUUAUAUUCUGUAUGAAAAAAAGAAUAUGCUCAUGCCAUAACCAGGACUUGUGAGAGGCAAACACAAGCUUUUAAGGAAUUAUAUAUAAACAUAGGGAAGAGUAACAAGCCAUGAGAGAUUCAUUGUAUGUUAAAUACUAUACUUAGUUGGAGUACCUGAGUUCCUGCUGUCUGAGAAUUUGCUGCAACAAGCCAACCAGUUUAAUCACUCUAAAAUCCUUUAUGUUUCUAUGUCCAUGUGACUUUUUAAAACGCUUAGCUGGGAUUACACCAUCUGUUAUACUGUUCAUGUCUUCAUAUUCUGUCCACAGAGAAGCUCUCCUGGGAAUUACAAGCUGUGGGGCCUCCACGCAGGAGAGUGUGGCCUGAGCCUGGUUCUGAGGACUCCACACCCUCUCCCUGCCACCACACCACGUGCUCAGUUCUUCUGAGACAGCUUCGCCAUCUCUGGCAGAAUGAAUGCCCUUGAUGGUGUCCCCUUCAAGGUGCCCAAGGGCUUUGUGAUGGACACAGAGCCCCAUCCUGCUCCAGAGCUCAGUGUCCGGGACUGUAGAGAGCUUCUGCUGGGCUCGAUGUAUGACUUCAGCCUGGAAAGGAAGGCUCUCUUCUGCGUGGAAGCACUCAUCAGAGGCCCUUCUCCCCACCAGUGCAAUGGCCUGGGGAUUGCAUCGGCUCCUCCAGCCUGGUUCUUACUGGCCAGUCCAAAAUACAGUCUGGAGCCUGCAUCUGCUGAAGUCCGAGGCCCAGUUGCUGAACUACAAGAACCUCCCGAGGAGGAAGAAGGGGAGGAAGAAGAGGAAACAGAGAAGAAGAGAGACGAGGAAGAUGCCUCCUCCGCCGGCGAGGAGGAGAUGGAGUCCAGCAGCCCUCAGCCCAGCUCCCCUGCAGGUCAUCGCCGCUGCUCCCUGGACGUGCUGAGAAACAUGAGGUCUGAGCUGUCUGGUGCCCGGCGACGGUUCUCAGAGAGCAGACUAGCCACGUGUCCUCGAGCCCUUCUGCAUCGCUUCCGAGGCCACCGCACUUUGAGUCUGAGUACCACCCUGGCACCAGCCCUUGGUCCAGCACCGCAGCCCCCCAGCGUCCCUGAGCUGCCCCCACGACCCUCCACUGCCGGGGCCAUACCUCCACUGCGGAGCCACAAACCCACCGUCGCUUCUCUCAGCCCAUACACCUGCUUGCCACCUCUGAGUGGGACACCCCAGCCCCUCGGUUCCUAUAGAUUACAUCCUGAUUCAGCAACUGACCUGCUAUCUGCCCUGACCAAAGAGGAGCAAGACCUCAUCGGACCAGUGGUUGCUUUGGGCUAUCCCCUGGGAAGGGCCAUUGUGGCUCUGCAGAAGACAGGAAGGCAGAGCCUGAGCCAGUUUCUCGGCUACCUCAGUGCCUGUGAGAGGCUGCUGCGGCAGGGCUACGAUGAGGCCCUGGUGGACGAGGCCAUGGAGAUGUUCCAGUUCUCCGAGCACCAGGCAGGGGAGUUCCUGCGUCUCUGGCAGCAGUUCAGUGACAUGGGCUUCCAGCAAGACCGGAUCAAGGAGGUGCUGUUAGUCCAUGGCAAUCGGCGUGAACAAGCCCUGGAGGAGCUGGUCACCUGUGCCCAAUGACAAGCCAGGACACUCUGUGAUGCAUGGAUGACCAGUGAAGUGCCAGACCCACCACUCAUCCUAACUGCAUUAUUAAAACCUAAUAAGACAAA